AUGAGCAAGGAUGAUCGAAAACGAAAGCACUGGAAUCAAAAGUGAGUAAAUUCGAGAAGGUAAUUAUUUUCCAGCAGCCUUGCAGGGUCAAACAAAAGUCCGUGGAAGCAGGAGUCACUGGACUGUUCUUCUCGUGCGAGGGACACGAGAAACAAGCGCUCCAGGAAGCGUACAUCAUCAUUGAAGAGCUUCUCGCAGACACCUCCAACGGUGUGUCAAUGGAAAUACCUGUCGUGGAGAGUGCAGCAGCCGAAGAAAAGAAGGAGGACAAGGAGGGUUACGAUUCCGAUGAAGACAUAGCUGACGCUCUGAAAAGAGCCUGCGACAACCAACGUCAGCCGAAGCCUGGAAGCUGUGGCAAAAUGAAAGAGCGACGACUGCUUCAAAGGCCGACUGGAGUCAAGAACUGCAUCUUUGUCAGUGUGAAAAACGCAGAUAUUGCUAUUUUGGCUGAAAAAAUGGUCGAAUUGACUCAAAAAGAACCCCGAUGCCGAUUCCUGCAACGAGUGUACCCUGUAGAGCACACACUGCCUGUGGACCUUGGAAAGCUGAACGAAGUGCUCAUGAAGGUAUCAGUUUUCUGUUUUUUAAUCAUAUGAUUAACUUUUAAGGUAAUUUCGGAAAAUCUGAGUGCUAGCAAAGCAAGGGUUCCUUCGUACUCUGUCGAAUUCAAAGCUCGCAACAACAAUUCCGUUUCGAAGAGCGCCGUCCUCCAGAUGGUCGAUGAUGCGGUGGGCGCGCUUGCCCCGACCGCCCGAGUCAGCCUGAAUCGUGAGUAAUUCAGUUAUCGGCGCACUAAAUGCGUUCAUUCUUCAGACGCCGACAUCACAUUCUUUGUUCAAGUCUCGCGAACAACAAUUAUGGUCGGAGUUUGCCACAAAUUUUACGAUAGUCGAAAGUACAGCCUCCGUCCUGUCAAGAACACGGAACCUGCCGCAGUCGCCGCCGCCGAAUAA